AUGGCAAAAUCUUCAAACAGGCCCGCGAAAGGCCCUAUGAAAUAUAACAUGGGAUGGCGACGCAUCGUACGGAACUUCAGUCCAUCAUGGUUUGCCGUCACUAUGGGAACUGGGAUCGUAUCGGUUUUGAUGACAUCAGUGCCAUUCGAUGCUCCAGCACUCUACUACCUGUCGAUUGUCUUCUUCCUGCUCAAUCUCGUCUUAUUUACUCUAGCCCUCAUCACUUCCAUCCUCAGAUAUACGCUAUACCCUGAGAUAUGGAGUGUUAUGAUCCAGGACCCCACAAGUUCACUCUUCUUAGCAACAAUUCCCAUGGGCUUUGCCACACUCAUUGAGAUGUGGGUGUUCAUCUGUGUGCCACUCUGGGGGCCAUGGGCCGCAAACUUUGCCUGGGCUUUGUGGAUGAUUGAUGUAGUGGCUGCAGCAGCAGUGACUCUGUCUUUGUCUUUCAUUCUAAUAUCUCAACGAUAUAUUACCUCGCUAGAUAGAAUCACUGCGGUUCAACUAUUGCCUAUUGCAGCGACGAUUGUGGCAGCGGGUGUUGGUGCCGAAAUAGCCAAUAUAUUACCAAACAAACAUCAUGCAUUGGGGACAUUGCUUGUCUCAUUUAUCCUUUGGGGCAUGGCUACUCCGCUGGCAAUCGUCAUACUGGUCAUCUACUAUCAGCGAUUAGCAGUGCACAAACUUCCCCCGAGAGAGGUCAUCGUGAGCUGCUUUCUCCCCUUAGGGCCCCUUGGCUUUGGCGGAGUCGGUAUCAUCUAUAUUGGCAAAGGGGCACGCGUGCUAUUACGGGAUGUUGCCAUUCUGGAUCCUAUCGCGGGCAGUAUGGCUUAUGUCCUAGGUGUUUUCACGUCACUCCUUAUGUGGAGCUUUGGCUUGGUCUGGCUUGUGUUUGCGCUAGCCACAAUUCUCUACAGCUCUCCAUUUCCCUUCAAUAUGGGCUGGUGGGGAUUUACCUUUCCACUUGGAGUGUAUGCUGCAAAUACCAUGGAGUUGGGUAUCCAAAUGGAGAUCAUGUUCUUCAAGGUCUUUGGGACUGUUUUGAGUGGCGCAGUUCUACUACUGUGGAUGCUCGUGGCAUUGCGAACUGCCCACGGAGCCUGGCGUGGCACCCUGUUCUAUGCUCCGUCGGGGGACUACGAGUUUCCCUUUUUGCAGGAGGUUUUCAGUCCGCGGUCUUCACACCAGGUCGAUCUUAUUUUUGUUCAUGGACUGAACCCAAGCGGUCGAAAUGACCACCCAUUCCAAACAUGGACGCAUAGCAAUGGCAAAUUCUGGCCUAAGGACUUCCUAGCCGAGGACAUGCCAUAUGCGCGUGUUUUUGUUUAUGGAUACAAUUCCAAUAUAACCAACGCUCAGACUAUGUCUACGUCAAGCAUCAAAGACCAUGCCAAUACCCUGUUGAAUCUUUUGGAUAUGGAACGUGGUCCGCAACUGGGCUCGAUCCCACCGAAAAUUAUAUUUAUUGGACAUAGCUUAGGUGGAUUGGUGAUCAAACAGGCACUUCUCAAUGCGAAAGAAGAUCCGAAAUAUACAGCUAUUCGCUCGGCAACUUAUGGUCUCGUCUUUUUCGGAACACCUCAUCGUGGCGCGAAAGCUGUAGAACUUGGAAAAAUUGCCGCUCGAGUUGCCCGCUUUGUAUCCAAAGGCCAUGCCAGCAAUGACCUUCUAGACUGCUUGGAACACAAUUCCCUCUUCACACGCCAAAUGUCCGAUCGGUUUCGACAUCAACUGGAGGAUUAUCGAGUCGUAAGCUUUAUCGAAGGGAAGGCUGUGCAAUUAGGAGGACUCGGGCCAGCAUCUAUCAGCCAUCUUGUGGUUGAAGAAGAGUCAGCGGUUCUUGGUUUGUCUGGCUUGCGCGAGACACAACUCAAACUCGACGCAGAUCACUCACAGAUGUGCAAGAUCAGCCAUCGUGGUCCACAAUACCGCCUGAUCAACGGGAACAUCAAGCAAUUAGUCGACCAAGCACUAUUAUCACAGCAAGGCUUCAUUCCACAGUCUGUCCAGCUGCCCGGCGCGGCCUCAUCCCCGCCGCCAAUACCACCACGAAUGCCUUCCAACAGUAGCGUACCGUAUCUAAGACAGGGUCGCCCCUCUCCUUCGGCUCAAAAGGUGACUGGAGCUAUAUUCAUCGCUCUAGAUAACGAUCCACGGUCCAUUCGCUCUGCGGAAUUAAAGAAUCGGGCCCAAUGGGACGAUGCCCGAUCUAUCGAUCAUGAGAUCUUUCAAGAACAUUUCCGCACCCUGGGCCCGGAUCAUUUCAGUACACUAUCAGUGGCUUAUAGUCUAGCUGAGGUGACAUUGGAGAGCAACUACUUGGACCAAGCAAGUGAAUGGGGUCAUUGGCUGUCCGAAAAUGUCCAACGUGUGUUUGGGCCUAAGCACCCUUUGGCGAUGAAAACGGAAAGUCUGAUGGCAGAGAUCACAUGUCAACAAGGCAAGUAUCAAGAAGCAGAGUCGAUCUGCGCCAACGUCUUGGCCCGUCAACAGAUGACGAUCGGCGACAACCAUCUGGACACUUGCGAAACCCGACGCCGACUGGGGUUGGCCUACAACGCUUUAGGUCGUCGAGAGCAUGCCGUGAUGACGGCAGAGAAGCUCACAGAAAGCCUCAAGCGUCUCCUCGGAGACACCCAUAUUCGGGUAUUUGGCUCCGUGUUGGACACGUUAGAAUACAUCAUUAACAACCAAGCUGGGGACUCGACUUCACUGAUCGUUAUGCGUUUUCAACCGGAUGUACAACGCGCGAUAGAGAUAAUGUUACAGGUCUACCAGGAGCUUCGGGACGCCUUGGGUCAUACGCAUCCAUAUACCAUUCGCGCUCUUUGUCUGCAUGGCCGAGCACAAAGCUUGAUGCAGCAGAGUAUGGAAGCAUCCGAGACGCUCCGUCGUGCCCUGGCCAGUGCAGAGGAAUCCUUGGGUGCGGACCAUCCCCUGACCAUGGACAUCGUGGCCAACAUUGGUGUCAUGUAUGCUUUGCAAAACGGUUACGCGCAGAGCAUUUUCACCCAGGCUCGUACCGAGGAAGCCUUCCCCUGGUUGAUACGAUACUUGAACUGGGUCGAGCACCGCAAAGGCAAAGAAAAUCCCGAGACGCAUGCCACAUUGGAGCUUCUCGCCAACUUACACUUCAACGCUAAAGAGUACGAACGCGCACAGACUUAUUAUGAGCGCAUUAUCGCAGGCGGGCGCGGGGCCACCUCCACAAAGCUCGAGCGUAUUCAGGGUCAGCUUCAACUAUGCCGGACCCAUACCAUGUUCACUCGUCAAGCAUUCGGAUCGGGGCUAUCAGGGUUUCUAUCAAACCUGCAGCGGUGA